CUCAUACUGGUUCUGUUCAUUGCAGACAUCAAAUUUAGUCAGGUGUAGGAACUUGCACAUAGAGGUCUAUGCAGCAAAAAAUUAGAAUCAGUAUUACAGAUCAAGCACCGCAUGUUCUAUCAAUUAAUUCAUCCUAUGUCGUGCAGACAUCGAGUUUAAAGUACCGGGCACCUAUUAAGUAAUAUAAAUCACCCGGACCAAUAUAUUUUAACGAAUAAAAAGUUUAUAAGUCAAAGUGAAAGCGAAGAGUAGGAAAUUUGUGCCCUUGUAUUCUAAUAUAGUAUUUUGUAUCAACAUUCUGAAAAAAUGUUGAUUAAGAUUUGUAGUGCUGCUGCCAAGCAAACAGCGAAUAGAGCGUUCUCAGUGAGUGCUAAAGUCUGCAAUCGCGUUAAUUUCGAGCUCGAUGAUGAGCAAAAACAAUUACGAGAGACAGCUGAGAAAUUUACCAGAGAGGAAAUCAUACCAGUGGCGGCACAUUAUGAUAGAACUGGAGAAUUUCCCUGGAAAAUCGUGAAGAAGGCUUGGAAGUUGGGCCUCAUGAACAGCCAUAUCCCGUCAGAAUAUGGUGGACUUGGCAUGUCAGUAUUCGAUGGCUGCUUAACUGCCGAAGCCUUAGCAUACGGCUGCACUGGAAUUAAAACGGCUAUCGAAGGAUCUGGUCUUGGACAAACGCCGAUUAUCACAGCUGGAAAUGAUGCACAGAAAAAGAAGUACCUUGGUCGUCUCAUUGAAGAGCCACUUCUUGCUGCAUAUUGUGUGACUGAGCCAGGUGCAGGUUCAGAUGUAGCUGGAACGAUAACAAAAGCUGUAAAAAAGGGAAACGAAUGGAUUCUGAAUGGCACGAAAAUGUGGAUCACCAAUGGAGGAGUAGCCAAUUGGUACUUCGUCUUAGCCAGGACCAAUCCAGACCCAAAGGCGCCUGCUAGCAAGGCCUUCACAGGAUUUAUAGUUGAGAGAGAGUACCCAGGAGUCAUUCCAGGUCGUAAGGAAAUAAAUAUGGGCCAGAGGGCAUCGGACACUCGAAUGGUUACCUUCGAAGACGUCAGAGUACCUGAAGAGAAUGUUCUCCUCAGCGAAGGUGAUGGUUUCAAGAUAGCCAUGGGUACUUUCGACAAAACACGUCCCCCAGUGGCAUGUGGGGCAACUGGUCUUGCCCAUAGAGCUCUCGACGAGGCAACCAAGUACGCCCUGGAAAGAAAAACCUUUGGUGUACCAAUUGCACACCAUCAGGGUGUGGCCUUCAUGCUUGCUGACAUGAAAAUGGGGUUGGAAACAGCCAGACUCGCCUGGUGGAAGGCAGCUUGGGCCUCUGAUAACAAAGAUCCAAAUGCAGGAAUGCUUGCUAGCAUUGCCAAGUGCUAUGCCUCUGACACAGCCAACAGAAUUGCCACUGAUGCUGUUCAGAUAUUCGGAGGGGCUGGAUUCAACACAGAUUAUCCUGUGGAGAAGCUCAUGAGAGACGCCAAGAUCUAUCAGAUCUACGAGGGCACUUCACAGAUCCAGAGAGUAAUCAUAGCGCGUGAACUCCUCAAGAAUAUGAAAAAUCAGGCGUCGUAAUUACAGCUUUGUUUGAAGUUGAAAUUACGUGCCAGUUAUUGAUAAUAAUAUUUUGAUAAUUAUAUAAUUUUUAAUUCCUUUAUGAAAUAUAUAUUUUUUAAUAGCUUGUU